CACAAAGUACACUUUUCAAAAUACAGCUCCAAUGAUAUUCAAGAAAGACAUUUUUCCCCCAAAGGAAUAAGGAAUGUUAAGGCCUAAGAAAACCUACCAGUAAGGUCACAAAGUAGUGUUGAUGCCUUUGUGAAGAAAAAUCGCUUAUGCAAGUGACCUGCUCUGCCUCCUGGCUCAAGGUGAAACAGGAGCCAGGACACCGCAGGCAGACCGUCCCAGAGGCAGGCAGGAAAGAACUGUACAUAACGUAAUGGAGAAGACUCUAGGAAUGGGCCAGUAAGUGAUCCGUAAAGAAAACAAUCGAGAUUAAAUUAAUUAACCGUGAGGAACUAGGAGAAAAUGGGUUGUCAACGCAAGAUAUCUGAGAGCACACAACGACGAGAGACACUGAUCGUAGUAGGUCUAGGGAGCCGUUGGGCAGUCUUCACAAGGCUAACUUCACAGUCCGUCGCUGACCACAGGCCGGGGCCUGUGCGGCCAAGGAGCCCGGGCGAGUCCCACCCUGAGCCGGGGGACACAAGGCAGCCGCGCGCUCGGGCCCCGCGGUGGACUCUCCAUGUUCUGCUUCCCCGCUGGAACACCGAGAAGCCUGUGAAGUGGCUGGGUAAGUCUAAGUCAGAUAUUCUGCAGACGGGGGCAAAGGCGAUCGCCAGCGGCUUCACGCUGCACUUAAGUGAAAACCUCUCGGACCUGGGGGGAAAGGCUCACACUUGGGACGGCUGGGUGAGGGGACAGGGGAGCGGAAUGCACACCCAAACGAAAGUCGCCCUGGGGUCCCCACCGACUCCGCGCCAGGGCCAACCCCCGCGGGCGUCCCACCCGCAUCAGCACCCGGCCGCGGGCGCCUCACCUGCAGGCUUGUCUGCAGCCAUCUUCCUACCCCAGUUCAGGUUCUUCCCGCAGGUGGCGUGGCCUCGGCUCCAGCUGCCCAGCCGGCUCCGGUCCUGGGCUUCGGAAAACCAGUCCACCCCGGCUCCGGACCCCCGGUUCCGGCCGAGGAGCGGGCAGGCGGCGCGCUGAGGAAGUGACGAAGGCUAGUUCGCGUCGUCUAGCAACA